UCCGAUUGAGGGAGUCAGUGAUUUUCUUCGGGAGAAAGGGAGAACAAGUAUUUUAUUGGUCUAAAUCUACAUUGGCCGUUUGUUUGGCGGGCAAGGCGAAUCCGUAGGCUGCUGGUGCAAAGCAGUCCGAAAGCACGUGCUUGUGAGGCGUAAAAAGCGGGCGCGGGGCGUGGGUUGAUUGGCGGAGCGGCGGCGCCGGGGACCAAUGAGAGCGGUGUGUUCGAAUUUUGGCGGGCGGCGGGUGGCGUUUCCCCCACUCGGUCCGCUUCUCCCCGCUCCGACCCAGAGCUACCUCGUGCCUCGUGUUAGCCAGUCGCACACGCCGGCUUAGACAGUCAACACUUUAGAGUCCACGCUUAGCAAACACAACUCACACCAAAACUCCGACUAUAUUUUUGUACAGUGUCGAUUGACGUUUUAUACAAACUCUUGUGAUCGUGUUUUUAAUGUUUAUACCCGGAGGCGGACUGUAGGAGAAUCUUCUAGUUUUUAUAAGUAGACUUGUAUCGGCUUCUCGUGUUUCACCGGCCCUCGAUCGACUUCCCCGAUAAGUGAUGCCUGCGAGUAUGUUUUGCGACCUGGAGCAGAACGGUUUCGAGGACCAGAGGGCCCUGCAGCUGGCCUUCGAACUCUCGAUGCUGGGCCUGAGCGACAACUCGCUCACGACUGCGGCGGCCGCAGGCCCGGGCACCGCGGCCCCGGAGCCCGAGACACCCGCCAUCGGCAGCCUCCCUUCAGCCUUCAUCGUCCCGGACGAGGCCAGGGGGAAAAAGAGCCAGAACAUGACCGAGUGCGUCCCAGUGCCCAGCUCCGAGCACGUCGCAGAGAUCGUCGGAAGACAAGGUUGUAAAAUCAAGUCUCUGAGAGCCAAAACAAACACCUACAUCAAGACUCCCGUCCGCGGCGAGGAGCCUGUCUUCGUAGUAACUGGGCGCAAGGAGGAUGUUGCGAAGGCGAAGAAGGAGAUCCUGUCUGCGGCGGAUCAUUUCUCGCAGAUCCGCGCCUCGAGGAAGAACAACCUCGGUGGCUGCGGGGGUCUGUCUCCUCCUGGGCCGCCUACCAACGUUCCCGGUAACGUCACCAUCCAAGUAAGGGUGCCCUACCGUGUAGUAGGUCUCGUCGUCGGCCCGAAAGGCGCCACGAUCAAAAGAAUACAGCACCAGACGCACACUUACAUCGUGACUCCUUCCCGUGACAAAGAGCCUGUGUUCGACGUGACAGGCUUGCCGGAACACGUGGAAGCCGCGAGGAGAGACAUCGAAGCGCACAUCGCUCUCAGGACCGGAACGGGAAACAUCAACGGGAUUAUCGGCAAUGGGUCGAACAGCAUAAUUAUGGAAGAGGGGCAAGAGUUGUUGACUUCCCUUUGUAAGACUGGCUUAGGGUCGCUCUUCAGCGGCAACACGUGGAACGACUCGCUCCCUUCACAGACCGAGAACAGAAUAGAUUUCCCUUCUGCGUUUUCGGCCGGCAGCUCGGGAUGUAGCUCGGCCUCUUCCAGCUCGUCCAACUCGGGCGGUACGAAUCUCGGCGAUCUCGGCUCCAUCUGGAGCAUGUCUUUGGACCGGGACGAGGGCAUCGGAGAGUCACCUUCCUUCGAGUCGGCGACGGCGUCUUCUAGCAUCUGGUCCUUCCCGACUGUGACGAGACCUUCUCCUCCCAAUUCCGCAUCGCCCGCGGAGUCUCUGAGCGGCGGGAAGAGGGAGUGCUUCGUCUGCUCCGAGAGAGAGGUCACCGCCGCCCUGGUGCCGUGCGGACACAAUCUCUUCUGCAUGGAAUGCAGUGAACGACUAUGCGAAGCCACCAACCCCACCUGCCCGGUCUGUAAAAUACAGGUAUGCCAAGCCAUACGCAUCCGAUCAUAAGCCUAAUAAACAAAAUGAUGCCUUUCUUUCAUCUACUUUCGCCCUUGCACUCUCCCUCUUCAGAUAACCUCAUCUCUUACCUCAUAAAAUAACCACAAAUUUUUAUAUAGUUUUGGAAUAGCUGUGAAUAAAUAAUCAGCCAAAGAAAGAAAGGUCCCUAUACCGUGGCCAGUUCACCAUUAAGCGGAAUUAUGUAUACAACGAAAGUAAAUUAUUGUAUAUUUUUAUGUUAUAUAUUUUAUGUUGUUUUUAGUUGUUUAUAAUAUUGAGAGAUAAUUUCCUAUUUUUGUACUUGUUUGGUGAUCUCUGAAUCAUUAAGAUAAGCAUAGAUUCCUAUGUCAAGACACUGUGUUAGGUCACAGGACUUAUAUACGGGCAGUCACCCACCUAGUUCCAAACCUUUGACACUAUGUACUAAAUCAUUUUGAUAUUUUUAAUUGUAUUAGAAGUGAUUCGAAAUCUCAGUUCAAGUAUUUUUAAUUUUUAUUUUUUUAACUUUUUUUCAUUUUGAUUUCGGUGUUUUCAUUAUUUCGGUGUGAUUGUAAAUGAAUGAAAGCACUCUAAUGUGUUGACUAGAGACUUUACUGUUCUUUAUGAUGUACUACUUAUAAUUCUGAGGGUAGGGGAAGACUUUUUGCGAAUACGAGGGCGAAUAUGCGAGUCAAUCCGGUGCAGAAAUACAAUCUGAUGGUGCAUCAGUGUGUUUUAUACAUACAUGUAUACACAUACACAUGCGCGUAAUAAAAAUGCUCCAAUAAUAAUUAUUUAAAAAAAAAAGUAAUAAUAAGAACCAUUCCUUGUUGACUACUAGACUGCGGUAUAGUAUAGAAAGAAUAAGUAAACAUAUCCCAAUAUGAAUUGUUACAAACUGUUGAUUGUUUCUGUUUUCUAAUAUUCUUUUCAUUGUGAUAUAGCCAUAAGUUAUUGAUAAAUGAAAGUAGAAGCCUUUAUAUCUUAUAAUAGUAGGAAUAGUAAUUCUUUUGAGUUUGCCAAAUUUGGCAGUAAACAAAAAAAAAAGCUGUAGCAUUGACUUGUGUAUACGCAUUUUAGAUUUGAGUGUCGUGGCUUCGAUUAGAAUUUAGUACCUGUAUAUUUAUGUUAAACUGUAGUUUAUUAAAAAAGAACAAAAAAUUAAAAAAAAAAUUAUACGAUGCUCAAUGGGUGCCCAGAGACGAGCAGUUCAACCCCUCGCGUUCGCAUAAAGCCCUCGGGAGACUAUCCUCAUUAAAUUUAAUUAUAUAAAAAAAUAUAAAUCAGAUAAAUAUUUUUUUCAGUAUUUGUUUACUUUUAUAUAAAGAAUUAAUAAUUAUUGAUAAUAUUAUAAAUGUUCUAAUAUAUCUUUGUGUUUCUACUAUUUUAGUGUUGUGUAUUUGUAUAAAAGUACUAAACCUGCCAUGCCUAUGGGCUAAGAAGUUACGUUAGUUAAUUUUUUUGUUUUUAAGUGAAAGAAUAUUGAAAAUUCAUAAAUUUAUAUUUUUUGUUGUCUCCUAAUUUAAGUAGCGUUAAAUUAGUUCACUUUUAAAAGCAGUGAUUUCUUUUUAUUGUUUUUUUUUUAUUUACCUUUUUGAGUCUUUGUGAAAGUUUUCUUACAUUUAUUUUUAUAUCAUAUAUCACUUAGUUGACAUACCCAGUUUGAAGAAUGUUCAGAGGAGGGGUAAUUUAUUUAUUUAAAAUAGAUAAAUAUGUUUCGUAUAUAUAAAUAUAUAUUAGAAAAAUGAUUAUAUACCUCUUGACGGGGGCCUCUCGAGUUCUCUGAGCUUACUUCACACAUGGUUAUAUAGUUUUAGUUAAACUGUUGAUAUUUGGAUUUUGUUUGAUUGUCCUAUAUUAUUCUAGUAUUUUAUAGUUGCCACAAUAUAAUAUAAUUCUGUAUAUAUCUAUAUAUAUAAAUAUUUAUCUGGUGGAAAAUGAGCAUUUUACCCACCAUUGCACAAUGUAAACAAAGGUAUUAGUAAUAAUAAUAUAUAAAAAGGUAUAGCUUUUUUUCUAUUUUAUUACAUCUCUAUUGUGUGUAUAUGUAUAUAUAUGCGUAUGUAAGAUGUACAUUAACAUAUAUAUACAUAAUAAAAUAAAAUAUUACUAUAAAGGAUUUAUAACGUAGCUAUAUUGAAAGAGAAUAUUUAGACAUGAGAGUUAUUUUUUACGUUAGUAUGCUCAAAUGAUUGAUGGAAGUGGCACAGCUACCAAAGUGUUUCCAAGUUUUAUCAGUGAAUUGUCUUCCCAUGAAGAGAAUCAUCUUAGCAAAUUUAUUGAUAUUUAAGUUUGCAUAGCUUUUAACUUUACCUUCUGGGUAUCAAAAAAAAAAAAGAAAAAAAAAGUAAUAUAUUUAUAUGAAAAAAUAUUUGAUAUUUUUCCUUCUGAUGGUUUGCACAUUACUCGUGACGUAAUAAAUAAAGCAAUCUAUCUUCAGUAAUUAUAUUAAUGUCUUAUAUAUGUUGUACCUUUGAUAUUUAUCACGUUCUGAAACGUGGAUAGAUGGUUUAUUAUGUGUUAUGCAAUAAAAAGAAAAGAAAAAAAGAUCUGAAUGUCCCGUUCUAAGAGAUUAUAUACAUGCCAAGUAUAUUCAAUUGGUUUUUAUGUGAUUAAUUGUCGAAUUUUUUAUAUUUUGUUGUACUCAGAAUAUAUCUGUUAGUUUAAUUGUUGGCGUGUUAUUAUUCUUCAAUAAAUGUGAAAUUACAAAAAAAUUAAAAAUUACUUAAAAAACUAUUAUAUAUCUGACAUUUCCAUUUCUUAUAUCAGAAAUAUAUAUAUAAUUAAUAUAUCCGUAACAGAUACUGCCGAAACGGAAGGAACCUCGGUGGAGCUGUAUUAGCUAGCUUUCGACUGAUAGUUUAAUAAUAAUGUGUCAACAUUUUUUAGGAUUGUUAAAUUUAAUCUUAUAUAAAAAAAUAUAUAUUAUACAUAUGUGUAAGAAGAAUAGGUUCAGGCCUAAUUAUAUAAUACAUAUAUAAAAGUAAAUUAAGAAUGUUAAAAGGUAGAGAAAAAAAAUGCAUGUAUCUUUUACUACCUUGACUCUUUUAUUGAACAAGGUUUAAAAAAAAACAUAUAUAUAUAUUAAAAAAAAUACAAAAAAAAUCAGUUUACAAUACUUUUUAUUAGAGUUUCUAAUAGAGAUUUAAGAUGUUUUUUAGUGGCGGGGAGGUAUUGUUGCACAAAAAUCACCUUGUGGAAACACAAGAGCCUAAAGCAAUAAGUAGUUAAACCAACAAUGCCCUCCUACCCGUUUUGUAUCAUUGCAAAUGCUCACCCGUAUUAAUCAGGCAAAAGAGAAAAUAAAUCCAAUAAAUUAUAAAACAGUUUUUGUUAAAAAAACAAACAUUACUCAUUUUAAACAGUGUGCUUGUUUUUACUGCGUGUACGUACGUACGUGUGUGUGCAUCCUACUGCAUGUCAACAUUGCGAGCGAUAUUACUACGACAUGGCUGUUCUUUCUUAAUAAUUAUCAUAUUUUUUAAUGUAAUGGAGAAAAACAAGUAAUAAUUCGACAAUCAGUUGUAUCGUUAUCGUAAAAUUUCGGCUAUAGAGCGGGAGAAAAAUAAUUGUCUUGAGAUUACCAAGUGAAUUAUGCAAUACCCUUGCCUUCAUAUUUUCUUUUUCGAGUUUUAUUUUAGAUCGAAUAGUUUAUGUAUUAGGGGUGGUUCACAAUCAAAAACUUUCUUUGUAUCAGGGCGGUUUUUUAUGCCCCCCAGAGUGAUGAUCAUAGGUGUAGUGUUUAAGUUCAUAUAUUAGAAUAUUAGAGACCACUUCAAUCUAGUUCUGAUAUUAAUACAAUCCCCCUCCGUGUUAAUCUAUU